AUAAUACCUGGCACAUAGUAAGCAUGAUAUAAAUAUUAAUAUUUGUGUUCUUAAUUUAGCCCAGUAUUCUCAACUAGAGACAGCGUUGCUUCCCAGGGAAUAUUUGGCCACGUCUGGAGACAUUUUUUAUUAUCAUACUUGGGGGAAGGGGCUCUACUGGCAUCUAGUGAAUACAGGCAAAGAAUGCCACUGAACACCCUGCAAUGUACAGGACAACCUCCCACAACAACAGAUAUCUGGCCCAAAAGACCAUUCGUUCCAAUGAGAAUCCCUGGUUCAAACAGAGCGUGUAGGGAAAUGUGCUUCAUCUCAUGAAUGUAUAUAUUAAAACAGGUCAGGUAGAAAUUUUCAUUAGAAGAAGACAGUCAGCAAAUGUAUUAAAUGUCCACUGUGUAUAGAGAACACUGUAUUCGACAUUACGGAGCAUAUAAAACAAGGCAAGGAGCUUCCCUUGAGGAGUUGAGAUAAAAAAGAGCUCUGUGCGAUGGGGUCAUUUCAGAGGGAAGUUUUCACCAAGAGAUUACUGUAAUCAGUUUUCCCUCAAUGAGAGGGUGGUCUGAGGUCACCCACACUGCUCACAGCAAUGCUUGCUCAAAGGCUAAUACUUCUAGUCCCCUGUAAAGAAGCAUCCUCAGGGAAUAGUGUGUGGUUCCUUCACUUGUCUGAAUGUGUCUUGUGUUUGGGUCAAUUCUAUUGAAUCAAUAGCUGAAAAAGAAAUCACUGUCACAAAUGGAAAUAAAAAUUACUUGUUAUACAUACAAGCACAGACAUGAAAAAAUAUUAAAUCUCAUUGUAUUCAACCACCCAUAGACCAAAAGGGGGAGAUUCUUUUGCCCACUUUCCAUGUAAAUAGUUAUUUUGUAGCAGGACGAGCCGCAGGAGGAGUAGUGGUCUCCUUCGUUAAUUUGAUCGGAUUCUAAAACUGGUAUAUUCGUGUCAUUAGUCCAGUCCACAUCACAGAAUUUGCCCUUACACAAAUAGCUCACCAUCAAAAGGUCUCUCUUGCUUUGCUAGCAGUGAAGGUUGGGAAAGGACCCUUUUUGCUUCUCUCCAUCUUUUUACCUGUAGACUAAGGAUGGGAAGCCCUGCCAAGGUAUGCCAAGCCUUCACUUAACCCCUGCCAUAGCAGUUGUCCUUCAGAAUCAGACAGUGGGAAGAAGGGCCAAGGGGCCUGGUGAAGCUCAUUAAGAGGGUAGACCCCUGGAGGGAACCUUGUCUCUGGAAGCCAAGGCAGUGGAUGGGUGGUCUCAGGAGGGACUGGAGACCCCACAUCAUGCAGUCAUCUCUGCACACCUUCUUCCACAACCCUGGCUUCCUGUAUGUACAUGUGCUUUGUAACAACUUAUUUAUUCAGUGUCUGCUGUGGCAGGGACUCUUAUUAGACAUAUUUGUGGAAGAAACAAAAGUGAAUUAAGCAUAGAGCAUGUCACAGUGAGUUCUUAGUGUGGCAGGGAUAAGAGCUGUUAUAGUCACUAUAAUACAAGACAGAAAGUGACAAAUGCAAUCAGAAAAAUGUGGAUAAAACACGACGGGAUUUCAGAGGACACAGUUGGCCUACAAUGGGGAGUUUGGGGAAGUCAUUUUGGAAAGGGUAACAUUAGAGUUAGAAUGUAAAUGUUGGUGAAAAUGUAGAUAUGUUGAAAGGAUGCUAGAAUAUUCUAAAGAACAGAGCAAGCUACCAAGGUGAGCAGUUAAGUAUGUCACAGAAGAGAUGUUGUAGGAUUUGUGGAGGGGAGUGUAGGGAAAUAGGAUGAGCUGGGUACAUUAGGAUCAGCUUAUGAAAAAACAGCAAUGCCAGGACACAGUUAAGCUAUGGAGAAGCAUGGGUGGAUUAGGAAGAUUGUUGUAGAGCUAUGUGUAAGGUGGACUGGAGAGAUAACAAGGGUCUGAGUUACAUGGGGAAAGAAAGGUAGGGAGAGGCCAGACUCAACCAAUAUCUGAGAUAUAGCAUUUGUCAGGACUGAUGGCAGGAUGAGGCAGCACAUGGGUGUACCGAGGCAGCGGGACACAGUGUUGAAGAGCAUGGGCGCUGAACACAGAUGCUUUGUGUUCUAGCCCUGGUUCUGCCACUUAAACUAGGCUGCAUGUCCUUAGGCCAAUUACUUUACCUCUCAGUGCCUCAAUCUCUUCAUCCAAAAGAAUUGGGAAUAAAAAUCUUGCUCCUCACACCCAUAUGCUGCAGAUUCAACGAGUUAAGUGCCUUUGACACAUUCUAACGUCCUCUGACACAGCGUAAAUUAUUGUGCUCAAUAGCUUAACAUAAAAAUUGGGUGUCAUUAUUGAAGGUAACGAGAGGAUGAAAUGGGAGGAUGAAUUUUUGAGCCAAGUUAAAAUCAUGGUGACUACCAGGAAUAAAGGAUUGCACAAGGGAAGGAGUGAUCUUCGGUUACUCUUCACAAGGCUGCUUGGAGGGGCUGGAGCAUGGAGCCCUUGUUUCAGUAGAGGACAGGACGGCCCAUCUACAUAAAGGCCCAGUUAUCUAGAUCUUGUUUUCUACUUCCUAAAGCAUUAAUUUCACUGUCUGGCAUUAGCUGCAUUAAUCUUCACCAGUGAGUCAAGAGUACUCCCAAGAUAUCAGGAUUUCCCUACUUCUUUUCGUGGGGAGACCUAGGACCAAAGAAUUAGGGUCAUGGGAGACCAUCAAACAGAUGAUGCUUUUAAGAGCAAGGAGGGCAUUUUUAUAGGCUUGGGCACUAACAGAAUGAACAUUGAAGAUGUUUUAUUGAAAAGAAAAGCAACUAUGAUGUUUUGAUUUUAGGUAAGGAAUACUGUCUGGUCUGGGUGGGUUUGAGCAGAGUUUUUUCGCGCAGGAAGGAUAGGAGAGCCCAGGGAGUGUCCUGGGGCAAGACAUCCUGCCUCUUAUUCUGCAACUUUGCAGAACUCAGAGCGGAAAAGCUUUGCUCUCCUCUGAUACCCCAUUUGGUACUCAGACCGUUCCAAUGUAAUGCAUGCAUAAGAAUACAAAUGAAGCUUUCAAGUGCUAAGGCAGAUUUUUAAUAAAGAGACAUAGGCUUUACCCCUAUAAGAUUAAACAGUCAUCAGGGUUUAAAGGUUUAAUCUGUUGGAGUUCAGCCCAGGAUGGGGUUCAGAGCCCCAGAUGAAUUGGAUGCAGCCUCACACUUUGAACAUCAGAGCUGGCUGGGGGGUGUGCGCGCUGGUGUGUUUUGAGUGUAAAAUGUGCUAAUAAGUAGGGGAGACCUCUCCUUUGCAAUGUGCUGCGGCAGGAGAAAGCAAGCUGCCGGCCUCUGCCUCCCUGAAUCCUCAGUGGCUGACUGGAUACCGCUUCUGGGGGUUGCUGUGCACAUGAAUGUUUGCUAUUGUUCCAGGCACACGUCGGCCUUAAGAAAUAGCACAAAACAGGCCCGUCCUUAUUCAGAAGCCGAGCCCCCUCCAUCACUCAAACUGGCUUUGAGGUCACAUGCCGGAGGCUGCUGCAGACAGGACCCAGCUGCCUCAAAUCUGCCGCCUAACAUUAGCUGCGGUUCGAAAAUCCUGACAGCACGGGGCUUCCUGCGCUCUGCAGAGGAAACUAGAAAGAUCUGGGAUCCAGGCACUAUGUUCUCUGAAGAACUGUGGCUGGAAAAUGAGAAAAAGUGUGCUGUGGUUCGGAAGUCUAAGCAGGGCAGGAAACGCCAAGAACUGCUGGCCGUAGCCUUGGGGGUGAAGGUGGGUGUCAAAGGCGGCUUUCUUUGGCCCCCUCUCAAACUCUUUGCCUGUUCACAGAUCUCCUCCCUGGUUCGAAGGGCAGCCCUCACACACAACGACAACCACUUCAACUAUGAGAAGACACACAACUUUAAGGUCCACACGUUCCGAGGCCCACAUUGGUGUGAAUAUUGUGCCAAUUUCAUGUGGGGGCUCAUCGCCCAAGGGGUCCGGUGCUCAGACUGUGGAUUGAACGUACACAAACAGUGUUCCAAGCACGUUCCCAAUGACUGCCAACCUGAUCUCAAGAGGAUCAAGAAAGUAUACUGUUGUGACCUCACAACACUUGUGAAGGCUCACAACACUCAGAGACCCAUGGUGGUGGACAUUUGCAUUCGGGAAAUUGAAGCAAGAGGAUUAAAAUCGGAAGGCCUUUACAGAGUCUCUGGGUUCACUGAACACAUUGAAGACGUCAAAAUGGCAUUUGACAGAGAUGGUGAAAAGGCCGAUAUAUCUGCCAAUGUCUACCCAGACAUAAACAUCAUCACUGGAGCCCUUAAACUGUAUUUCAGAGACUUACCCAUCCCUGUCAUCACAUAUGAUACCUACUCCAAAUUUAUAGAUGCAGCAAGUAAGUACUUCAAAUUGACUUUUUAUUUUUAAGAAAUUUUUAAGUACAAUGCUUUUGACCUUCAGAAAAUUAAAACUCAGAACUGUUUAAAUUAUUGCAUUUGUACCUGUCUUGUCAAGUGAGGGCACAACGGUAAAUAGAUGACCAGGCAUAGUUCAACAGCUGACUUGAACCAGUUCUAAGAACUCUGUGGACUGACGUAUGUGUCAGGCAGUUCUGUCCGCAUCGUUCCUUGUAUGCUGGGAACCAACACAGUCAGGCCUAUUCCGUGUUGAAAGCAUGAAUAUUU